AGACCGUGAUCAAGGGUUUACAUCUUCAACAACCAAUAUCUGGCCCCUACUAAGGACCGUUCAACCACCAGAUUCGAAAUGCAGUAAAAAACAAAGGAUUCUUUUUGAAUCUGGGCUACUGAGUUAUCCAUUCAGUACAAGUAUCUGGCCCGUACCGAGUGCUCUUGACGACCAAGAGGCCAGCUUUUCAGGGAGACCCCUACCGAGUGCUCUUGACGAACAAGAGGACGACCGUUCGACAACCAGAUUCAAAAAUAUCCGCGAAUCUCAUCCUUAA